AUGUCACUUACUCUUUUCAUUAUUCGUCAUGGCGAACGUGUGGAUUUAGUCGAUCCUAACUUCAUAUAUACAUCACCUACACCAUAUGAUACCCCAUUAACACCCAAAGGUAAAAGGCAAGCUAAAAGGACCGGCGCUUAUAUUCAUGAUAUUCAACUUGAGACAGUCAAAGACAUUAAUCAUCAAAGAAAAGUAGAAUAUAUAAUUUAUACUAGCCCAUUUUUAAGAACUGUAGAAACAGCCAUCGGAAUUGCUGAAGGUAUUUCUUCCAACCAACCAAAUUUGCCAAUUGAUUCUCUACGAUUUAGGAUCGAACCUGCUCUCGCAGAUUGGCAUUAUCAUAAAAAAGCUAUUCCUAACAGCAUAAUCGAUUCUCGUGUUAAAGAGCUAUGCCUUCUUAACCAACAAUAUCAAGACUCAGAACAAGACCAACAACAGUCUCAACUUUGUUUUAAAGUAGAUUUUGAAUAUGCACCUAUAGCGACAAAGUUACCAGUUCAUCCAGAAGGAAUAAUGGAUGCUUUGGCACGCUGUAGCAAUGCAUUUGAAAAAAUUACCGACCCAUUUAUGGAACGUCUUUGUCAAGAUCCAUUAAAAGACAUAGUUUUGAUACUUGUAACACACGGCUGGUGUUUUAAUGCUAUUCAAAAUGCAUGUUCUAAAGGUAGUAGUUCUUGGUUUGAUGUCAGAUAUUGCGCGGUAACCCGAGCUAAGUGGGUGCCAAAAGGUGAAAAUAGUGAAGAUAUCUAUAUAGAAGAUACUCUUGACGACAAUAGUUCAACUGGAAAAUGGAUUAUAGAU